AUGAAUCGCCAUCAGAUAUCUCUAACGAAAUGGUUGAUAUUAAUGAAGCUGUUUUAUUUCUGCAUCUGCAGUGCGAUUUUACCGGAUAUUGGUGAAGAACAUUACGAUAAUGAGAACAGUGCCAACGAUGGUGGUAAUGUUUUGAACAUUGUGUCUUCUCAUUCAAAAAAUAUUUAUCCUUGUACUGGUGGUGGUGACCAUAACAAUGAGAAAGAAGUAUUCUCAAAAGGAGAACAUCAUCAGGGUAGCAGUAGCAGUAGAGUACCAUCGGAAGAGUUGAAUAAAGAACUGAAUACUUUACGAAUGAUAAAGACGGAACAAUCCUUGUUGUCGCAUUCGGUUGCGAUCGGAUCAUCUGAUGAUCACAGUAAUAGCAAUGGUAAUGGUAAUAUUAAUGGUAAUAAUAAUAAUGAUAAUAAUAAUAAUAAUCGUAAUAAUGCUGAUCACAAAAAUGAUGUUGAAUCGAUCGAAGAACUAAAUGUGCAGUUGCCGUUUCCAAACGACCUACACCCCUGUCCGCCCUCAUCAAUCCCACACGUACCGCUAUCCGUGAUCAAUCAUGAUCACAAUCCAGUCGAUCAUCUGUUGCCGUCCAGAUCAGAUGAUCAGGAUCAGUUCCGAGCUGAUGAUCACUCACGAAUGCUUCACUUCAAUAGCUCUCAUUCCAAUAAUACCACAAAGAAUAACCCAUCACCCUCUCCGUCGCAUCAAACUACACUGUUGAAUAGGCCAACCACAACCGCACCAAUACAAACUCCACCAGUAUCAAGCCAACACCAGACCCCACCGCAAAACGACUCAACUCGUCAGCAUUCCCUCUCGAACUCAUCAAGUGAUCAGCAGAAUUCCUCAGCAACUGUCCAUCCAUCAUCACCCAACAAUAUCACCGACUCUACCAACAGCACAGUCCCAACGUCUGAUAAUAACACCGAUAUCAAUUAC